CGAGAUCAUAAUACUGGUAAGUACUUCGAACAGCUGGGGUCAUUGGUAGACAUCGCUACGGGUGACUGACUGCUCUACUGAUAUUUCCAAGUUGCAGGAAUAAUAUACGCACUCGCGAGGGGUCCAUGCAAAAAGCCAUCACGCUGGUCGGACGAAGUCCGUCCGCUCUCCUCACAGAACUCUCUAAUCUUUGCUUAUCAGAGCUCUCUUCAAAAACGCUCUUGUUUACUCUUGCACCUUCGUCCAAUGUGACUCAGGGACAGCUGUCUGCACUUGCUACCUCCUUAACAAAGCACUUCCCAGUGCACGUAGGGUGUAUAGCUGCACCUGUACCUCUCAGUGGUCAGCGUCCAGCCCACUGUUCCGUCUCACUCGCUCUCGUGGACGGUAUUCCUUUCCGCUCUACGAUUCCGGGCCUUCCGGAAACUCAGGUCGGAAGAUGGCAUGCGGGUCGGAACAGAAGCUUCAGCGAGAGUGGUGCCCACCCGAGUGACAACGAUAGCACUAAUUUGGAUCCUGCGGACAUGCUCGGUAGCGCCCUUAUGAGUGACGGAAAAAUAGAUUGGGAGAAAGUGUGGUCCGUCCCCUCGUCUUCAGGUCUGAAGUCCGAGCCAGAUUCCUUGCCCGAAAAACUGCGGAAUCUUGAACCUCCGACCAUCGGCAGCAUCAUUUACUUCUCGGACAAGUCACCAGAAGGUAUUUCAAGGGGGCUCCAGAACGCAUUCCCAAAUGCACACAAGCUUGCGCUCCUCGCCUCAUCCACCCCCUUCCUUACCGGUCGUCCCUUCACGUUGUUUUACAAUGGUCGGGUUCACUCGAGCGGCGCCGUUGGAAUCGCGAUCCCCUCCUCAACACCACUACUAAAUCUUACAUUUCCCCCCCUUGUGGCCUUGACGCCACCCUUGCCGAUAACGAGGUGUGACAUUGUUCGCUACUCAGAGGGAAAUCUUAUACUCUCCAUUGACUCCCGUAACCCUACGCGUCUCCUAUUGUCGGCUAUCCAGGAGAAAGGGCUCUCUUUCUGCCCAAACACCACCCUGGCGGGUAAGGAAGGCGCCUUUUACGUUGGAGUUAUCGAAAAUGAUAAACUCUCUCAGGUGCACCGCAUUAGCUCCGGGGACCCGUCUCGAGGGACUAUUGCCCUCGACACCAACAUGGCGCCAAGAGAACGUUCUACUGUCCGGCUGUAUCACCUGCCGAAAACCCCUAAUGUCACGACUAGCACCAUUUCCGAUUCCACCCCAAAACGUUCACUUUCCCUGCUGGUUUCCUCUGAAAUUGAACCGUUACCUUCGCCUCCCCUAGAGUCACAUCCUGGCGACUGUGGAACGGUGGCGUUCGACAGUUUCAUUGCCGCCUCGGAAAAUGGUAUCGUUUUGUCACCAGGGAACUCGUUUACGUCAACCAACAUGCCAUGGACGUGCACGGUCCCCGGUGGUCGUGUAACUCUGCACUGGGAUGCAACUCGGAGUUAAGGAACUGGUAGUUCCCGUAAGAGCGGAUAGUUGCUUAGUGUUACUAAUUGCGAGUCAUGAACACAGCACGCUCCUGAUGGUACGUCACACUGUAUUCCCUGGAGAACUUCGGGAUCAUGGAAGGCUAUAAUACUUUGAGGGCCGCAGCUGCUUCGCAGUCCAUUCUCACUCGUUACAUAUGCUGCAUGCUGCCUCGAAAUGGUAUGGGAA